AUGGCGGCAGAGGAUGUAAAGCACAGCUCGCCGUCGAACCUAUCACUGGACCAAGGAUACUCUUCAGGUUCGGAAGGUCAAGGGACACAAGAGAAGGAUACAGAGAAGAACACAAUAUGGAGGCGCAUUUACAAUGUCAUAACGUACACACCACCGCGAUGUCGCUGGGACCCAGAGAAGCCUCCAGCCUUCAGCAUGGCCUUGAACGUACUGUUCGGCUUCGCUGGUGCUUUUACAGUCGCCAAUCUCUACUACAGUCAUCCUAUCCUCAACAUCUUAGCGGAUGAAUUUAAUGUGCCUUACGAGAGGGCCUCACAAAUUCCUACUGUUAUGCAGGCAGGCUACGCAGCUGGCCUCUUGUUCUUGUGUCCAUUGGGCGACCUCUUACCGCGGAGACCAUUUGUCCUGUCACUCGUAUUCUUUACUGCAACCAUGUGGUACGUGAUUGGUGUUUGCGUAACAAGUAACCUGGCUGUCUUUACUGCCAUCUCUUUCAUCACUGCUGUCACUACUGUUACACCACAGCUCAUGCUACCUUUGGUUGGAGAUCUUGCACCUCCCAGCAAGAGAGCAGCAUCUCUUUCAAUUGUCACGUCAGGUCUCUUGCUAGGCAUGCUGAUAGCUAGACUCUUGUCUGGUGUACUUACUAAUUUUACCUCAUGGCGCAAUAUCUAUUGGCUGGCUCUAGGACUCCAAUAUGUCAUCUUCGUCUUGCUCUGGUUCUUCAUGCCAGAUUAUCCCUCGACCAACCCUGACGGCAUCAACUACUUCAAAAUUCUCUGUUCGAUUCUCGAGAUGCUCUUUAAAGAGCCAGUACUGGUGCAGGCCUGCUUUAUCACCUUUUUCACAGCUGCAACUUUCACCUGUUUCUGGACGACAUUGACUUUCCUCCUUGCGGGCGCACCUUACCACUACGACUCUUUGACCAUCGGUCUGUUUGCUCUCAUCGGAAUUGCGAGUAUGUUGAUAGGGCCUCUUUGGGCGAAAUAUGUCAUUGAUCGCUUCGUGCCUCUGUUUUCUGUUAUUCUAGGCGAAUGUUGGUGUAUGUUAGGUAUCUGCAUUGGAACCUAUACUGGCCGCAUCACGAUUGCAGGACCAGUCAUUCAAGCCUUUCUCAACGACUUUGGCUUGCAGACAGCACAGAUUGCCAACAGAAGUGCAAUCUACAGCAUCGCACCCAAAGCACGCAACCGUGUCAACACAGCCUUUAUGGUUGCAACGUUCUGUGGCCAGCUUGUCGGUACCGCUGCUGGAAGCCACCUAUACGCACGAGGCGGAUGGGUCGUGUCGGGCAGCUACAGUGUUGCCAGUAUCGGUGCCGCAUUAAUCUGUUGCUUUGCACGCGGUCCAUGGGCGGAAGGAUGGUUUGGCUGGGGAGGAGGUUGGAGUGUCUACAAGAAAAGUGCUCAGAGUGCUGAUGGAAAGGCGGAGGAAAAGCAAACAAUGGGAGCCAUUGAAGCCAACAGUAACAUUGUCCGAGACCCGGAAAAGGGCGAAAAGCAGCAGGAACGAGUCAACGAAGGUCAUGUACUGGAGAAAGGUAUCGAGAUGUUGGGCGGUGAAGAUGGAGAGAACCCUGUACGAGAGAUGAAAGACCAUGAGGAUGGGGAAAACAGGACUGUCAGCCAAGAUGGAGAUUUGAUAUCACCUGUAAAGGACAUACAGAGAGUGUAA